UCUUUGGUUUAUGACAGAUAAACUUUUUCAUUUUCAAUGUCGUUCCUGCUUUCAAUGAUGGCGUCUGCUGACCUGAGGUACGAGCUGACCUGCUCCAUCUGUCUGAACAUCUAUACAGAUCCUGUAACCCUGACUUGUGGACACAGCUUCUGUCGGAUCUGCAUUGGAGAUAUGCUUGGGGCACAAGACAGAUCUAAAUAUUAUACAUGUCCCGAAUGCCAAGUGAAGUUUCCAAAACGCCCUUCACUGGAGAGGAACAAAGCGUUGUGUAAAAUGGUGGAGAAUUUCCUAUGUGUUCACCCAGAGAAGGAGAAGGUUAAGGUUUUCUGCACUUACUGUUUGCACACUCAGAUACCUGCUGCUAAAACAUGUCUGCUGUGUGAAGCUUCUCUGUGUGACACGCACCUGAAGGUCCACAUCAAGUCAGCAGAACAUGUCUUAAUAGAACCUACCAUUUCCCUGGAGAACAUAAAAUGCUCCAUCCAUAGGAAAGUCCUGGAGUAUUACUGCUGUGAGGAUGCUGCCUGUAUCUGUGUGUCCUGUAGCCUGGCUGGAGAGCACAGGGGACACCAGGUGGAGACUCUAAUUGAAGCCUCUGAGAAGAAGAAGGAUGAACUGAGAGAUAUUCUGGAGAAACUGACCUCAAAGAGAGAGGAGGCUGAGAAAAGAUUCCAGAACCUGCAAGAGCUCAGAAGGGAAGUGCAAGAAAAAGCAGCUGGUGUGACAAAGCGUGUCACUGCCAUGAUUAGGGGCAUCAGGGAAGAGCUGGAUGUCCUAGAGAAGCGAGUCCAUACUGCGAUCUCCAGAGAGGAAGAGCAGGUCUCACUCCGAGUCUCAGAUAUAAUUCAGCAGCUGGAAAUGAAGAAGGAGGAACUGUCCAGGAAGAUAGGUCACAUUGAGGAACUGUGUAAAAUGACAGACCCAUUAACAGUCUUACAAGGAUGGAAAUCACACAGCUCUGACUAUUGUGAUACUGAGGAGGGAGAUAAUGCAGACAGAGAGAGAGAAGAUAUUAAGGUUUGUGCUUCAAGACAUCUGAAUACAGAUGAGAUCUCAGUGACCUUGCACAAAGGUUUAGCUGGACUUGUGACUGGGAUAAAGAGACUGCUCAAUGUACGAGCAGACGAGUUACUGGUUAUGAACAUAGCAUCAGGUACAUUGCUAGAUGUACAUAAUGCUUCACACAUGUUACUGGACGUAGAAACGGCCAGCAAUAAUGUAGCAAUAUUAGAUGAUUUCAAAACUGCCUCUUGGUCAGAAAUAAGUCAGUGUCGAAGUGAAACGCCAAAGAGAUUUCAGUUUUACCAAGUUUUAAGCUCUGGGAGUUUCUCCUCAGGGCGACAUUACUGGGAAGUGGAAGGCAGUAAGUCAGGGGGAUGGAGGGUAGGGAUGGCCUAUCCUAGUAUAGACAGGAAAGGGGAUAAAUCAGGACUUGGGAAUAAUAACCAGUCAUGGUGCUUAGAGUGGUUAGAUAAUAAGUAUUCAUUGAGACAUAAUAGCAAAAUAACCAGUUUACCCCACAGGUCAGAGAGUCAGAGAUUAAUGAUCUACCUGGAUUAUAAUUCUGGGCGGCUGUCCUUCUACGAGCUGAGUGACUGCAUCAAGCACUUACACACCUUCACUGCCACCUUCACCGAGCCGCUGCAUGUUGGGUGCAGAGUAUUUAUGAAUAGCUGGGUGAGCAUAGUUAGAAAGAAAAUGGUUUGAAUUCAAAUAUUAGGCCACCGUGGCCACUUGAAUAACCAAGGUUUUUUACUAAGCAUUCUGGGAAAUCAGAGUGAAUUUCAAGCAGUGAUAGCAAACUGAACACAUGUGACCCGCAGAUUGUUAGUCAGUUUGGACAUUGCGGUGUAAACAUUUUAAUUCACUUUGAAUUCCCAACUCACAUAUUAUUGAAUAACCCGGCAAGUCAGCCAUGUUCUCAGUCAUGCUAUAUCAGGCGACACUAUGUACACUUUCAGGAGGGGGGGGGGGGUGUAAGUUCUAAUGAAAGGUUCGCUGGCCACACCACACCACCCCCCAUAUAUUUAUGUACAAUUUUGAAAGCUUACUGUCUGAUUGAAGAUUUUAAUUCAUCAGUAUAAAUGAUAUUUAGAACUAGAUCAAAGAAAUGUAUUGGAUUUUUGCAGUUUAAAUGUUCAGCUGGUGAUUAUAUCUACUUAUCAAAUCGUUUUGAUGGUUAAUAUUCACCUGUCAAUAACAAUAAUAAUACUAUAACCAUAAUUAUAUAUACAGUAUACACAGGCC